AAUGAUCGUUGACUUUUAUUGGGGAGUGUUUUCACUGAUUCCACCGAAUCAGACACCCACACCACAGACCGUGACCUGAACGUAGUUUCCUAGUAUAUUAUUUUGAGGGAAAGUUUCGGCUGGAAAUGUCACUUGGUUUGGAUUGAAAGAACUUUUGUUGUUGUUUUUUUUAAAAUCUUUUCCCCACCCCCACCGAUUAGAAGACCGCCCACCACAGACAGUCUGCCCGAGAUCCCUUAUAGAUUUAAAAAGAGAGGCUGCAUCCACACAGUGACAUUCAUUGAACACAGCGCUCGUAAGCAGAUUGCUUUGCCGCUGCCGGUAUCUGUGCUCCAGUUCCCUUUGCCUGUACCCCGCGAAGGAUGCUUAAACAACUCCAGCUCCGCACAGGCAUGCUUUUGUUAUUUAUCUGGCUUUUUCAUUGUAUGGAAGAUCACAAAGCACAGGCUGGUAAUUGCUGGCUACAACAAGGUAAAAACGGAAGGUGCCAAGUUCUCUACAUGACUGGGCUCAGCCGGGAAGAAUGCUGCGGAAGCGGGAGGCUGGGAACGUCAUGGACCGAUGAAGACGUGCCGAAUAGUACGCUUUUCAGAUGGAUGAUCUUCAAUGGUGGAGCCCCACACUGUACACCGUGCAAAGAAACCUGCGACAACGUAGACUGCGGUUUAGGCAAAAGAUGCAAAAUGAACAAGAGGAACAAACCUCGCUGCACCUGCGCGCCUGACUGUUCCAACGUUACUUGGAAGGGGCCUGUGUGUGGAUCCGAUGGGAAGACCUACAAAGAUGAGUGCGCCUUGCUGAAGGCCAGAUGCAAAGGGCACCCAGACCUUGAAGUUCAAUACCAGGGCAAAUGCAAAAAAACCUGCCGGGAUGUUCUCUGUCCAGGUAGCUCCACUUGUGUAGUGGAUCAGACCAAUAAUGCCUACUGCGUGACGUGCAAUCGGAUAUGCCCAGAACCAACUUUACCUGAACAGUACCUGUGCGGAAAUGACGGAAUUAUUUACUCAAGCGCGUGCCACCUGAGGAGGGCUACCUGUCUAUUAGGCAGGUCGAUAGGAGUGGCGUAUGAGGGAAAGUGUAUAAAAGCGAAGUCCUGUGAGGAUAUCCAGUGUCACAGUGGGAAGAAGUGUCUGUGGGAUGCGAGGAUGAGCAGAGGGAGAUGUUCACUCUGUGAUGAGGUGUGUCCUGAGAGCAGAUCAGAUGAUGCAGUCUGCGCCAGUGAUAACACCACUUACCCCAGCGAGUGUGCCAUGAAACAAGCAGCUUGCUCUCUGGGAGUACUGCUGGAAGUGAAGCAUUCAGGAUCUUGCAACUCCAUUACUGAAGACCAGGAGGAAGAGGAGGAAGAUGAAGACCAGGACUACAUGACUUCUCUGCAUAUAUUUCCAUUACUGGACUGGUAAAGCAGUGGGACUGUGGGAGCAGCCCUAGGGCAAGGACUCCUGUCCAUACUGUAAAUAAGAAAGAAGAGAAGUACAACUAUAGUUGAGUCUGCUAGAUGUUUAUUUAUACAGUGUCGUGGUUUAUAAUUUAUACAUUUCAAAAUGUCUGGCUCACUAUAUACCUUGUUUUUGUUUUGUAAUUUUGGGGUUUUGUUCUUGUUUCCUUUCUUUUUAUUUUGAAGAAAUAUAUUGGUCCAAAGAAGAGCAGUGUUAUUUAUUGUGAGGUACCGGUAGUAUGCUACCAUGUAAAGUAGAAUUCUUCUGCAAGCUGUACAUUGCAUUCCUAUGGCUGUACAAAUCUGCUUAUUCCUGGCAUUUUCUUUCUGUAGUACAGGUGUUUAUUUCUCAUAACACUGCAUGUUAGUCUGUGUGUUUAUUUAUUGCAAAUCUGCUACACAUUCAUGUACAUAAAAUGCUUCAGGUUUUGUUUAUAAUUAGGGAAUCAUUAUUACUGACCAAAGGACCUCUGCUAAUGGUUCUGCACAUGUGUGUGGUUCACCACAGUGACAUUACAUUGAGAGGAUUUCUUUUCUUCAAAACAGACCAUUGUUUCUUUGAACACAGUCUAGAACAGCAUGGUGCAUAAUUUGUUCCAAACAUGUCAGGACAUGCAGAAGUCAAUGUAACAGCAUUGCAGAUAUCUCCCCAGAUCAAUAUGCUCAGGCUGUCGGGGAGUUUACAGUUUGUUUAGGAUAUGUCUUUUAUUAUUGAAUUCAACUGCAUAGAAACUGGUUUAGCCAAAGCACUGUGUCUUCGUGUGAAAUGUACUGCAUCAACAUUAUAUCAGACUUCAUCAAUUAGCUCUUCUCUCUUUAUUUUCUUUGUUUUUUUGCAAGAGGUAUUUUUCAUUGUUGUUUGCUGAUGCAUUUUUUUUUAAUUUUCAACCAUGAACAGUUAAAUACAAAUUCAGUUAUAAAUAUAUAGUUUUGUAUUUUUUUAUGUAAAUGUCAAAUGUAUAUAAAAAGUUAUAAUGGUAUUUGUACAGAC